AUUGAGACCCCCAGUACUGCAGGAGUGUUCCUCAUUAAACAUCCCCGGUUGGAAAGUUGUGAAAUUCAUCUUUCGUUGUCUGGGUUAAAGUUGGCCUUUAUAAGGUAAACAUCAGGCAGACCCUGCAACUGCAUUUUUACAGGCAUCAGCUAUCGUUUUGCGACAGCUUAGCUAUCGAUCUUGCUUGCUGUUUCCCAUGGCAAUUAGACAUUUUAGUGCUCUCGGCUUCAAGUGUCUGCGAACAGAUCAGCGUUUGCUAUCAAAUCAGAAUGAAACUAAAAGAGCUGGAAAGUUGCCUUCAACAGGUGGAUACUUUUGAAGAACCCAAGAUCCUUCUUGAACAAUAUCCAACUAGCCCUCACAUUGCAGCAUGUAUGCUAUAUACCAUCCACAACACAUUUGAUGACGUAGAGGGAAAAUUGGUUGCAGAUUUGGGAUGUGGAUGUGGAGUUCUUAGCAUUGGCGCAGCAAUGCUUGAUGCAGGUUUGUGUGUUGGUUUUGACAUUGAUGACAACGCGCUAGAGAUUUUCAAAAGGAACACAGAGGAAUUUGAACUGACCAAUAUUGACCUUAUCCAGUCUGACAUAAGUUCUCUGAGUUCUGAUGCAUAUGCCAAAAAAUUUGACACUGUUAUAAUGAAUCCUCCUUUUGGCACCAAACACAAUCAAGGUAUGGACAUGCAAUUUCUAAAGACCGCUUUAACUAUGGCUACGACAGCAGUAUAUUCCCUUCACAAAACAUCAACACGAGACCACAUACAGAAGAAAGCAAGUGACUGGGGAGUGAACAUGAAAGUAAUAGCAGAGCUAAGAUAUGACUUGCCAGCAUCUUACAAGUUCCACAAAAAGAAAUCGGUUGACAUCAAGGUGGACUUCCUACGCUUCUCCAGAACAUGACGCCUCCAUUGGAAUGGAAUAAAGCCAGUGUGUGUUAAAUGAGUUUCUUUUCAAAUAAAAUGUUUCAAGGUAA